AUGGCUUGCUAUCUAAAUAAACCUAGAUUUCAGAAAAAACAACUUUAACAGUUUCUGUUAGCAUUACAAAAGAUGCCAAAAAGUUUGUAAACCUUAAAUAAAUUGGUUAUCAGGUUGUACUAGGAAUUGAAGAUGUCCUCAGAAAUCAGGAUUGAUUUCAAUUACAGGUGCAUUUAGCAGCGAAACAAUUCCAAUUUAAACUAAUAGUUGGUUUUUCGAGGCUCUUCAAGGUUUAAAUUAUCAAUAGUAAAAAUAUGA